AUCCCUAUGCCAUAGUUUCGUUCCUCCACCAGAGCCAGAAGACGGUGACGGUGCGUAACACGUUGAACCCCACCUGGGACCAGACACUCAUCUUCUACGAGGUGGAGGUGUUUGGAGACGCUGAUGUGACAGAGAGAAACCCUCCUAACAUAGUGGUGGAGCUGUACGAUCAGGAUACAUAUGGGGCAGAUGAGUUCAUGGGUCGCUGUGUGUGUCAGCCCUCCACGACCCCCUCCCCUCGUCUGGCCUGGUAUCCAAUCAGGAGGGGAGACAGGAGCGCAGGAGAACUACUGGCUGCCUUUGAACUCAUACGGCGAGAGAAGCCCGCUGUUCAUCACAUCCCUGGACAGGAGGGAGACAUCCCCCCUCACAUUAUGGAUGAGGUCUUUCUCACUGGAUUCCUCUCAGAAAACCAGCAAUGGCCCAAGGAUUCCGACCUGCCGUGCCCGCCCCCCCAGAGAGAACCCAACGUCUACAUGGUUCCUCAGGGGAUCAAACCGGUUCUACAACGUACUGCUAUAGAGAUCUUGGCAUGGGGAGUGCGUAACCUGAAGAGCUUCCAGCUAGCUAGCGUUACCUCUCCCAGCCUGCAGGUGGAGUGUGGAGGCAACAUGGUUCAGUCCUGCGUCAUACGAUCUACAAAGAAGAAACCCAACUUCGACAUCAACACACUCCUCAUAGACGUGAGACUGCCCUGUGAGGAGCUGUAUAUGCCACCUAUCAUUCUGAAGAUCAUAGACAACAGACAGUUUGGGAGGAAACCGGUGGUGGGACAGUGUACCAUCAGGAACCUGGAGGACUAUCGCUGUACCCCUGAGGAAGAUGGGGAGGAGGAAGAGGACGAGCUUGAGGAGAAUGUCCAGACGCCUCGUGACGAUGUUCUGAUCGACAUCGAUGACAAGGAACCCCUCAUCGCCUCACAGGUAGGCUCUGUCACCUAUCAACCAAUCGAUUGA